UGCUUUUGUUGACAUUGAUGGCUGAUUCCAAGGCAGAGGUUGCGUGGGUGAUCUGAUACGAUACGACAGCUGCCUUUUUUUGCUUCGUCAGAACCAGUGUGCCUCUGUCUGUCUGUCUCUCCCUCCCCGCUGGCGCCGAGGCUCCCGAGUGAAGCCCACAUCACUUUGCACUUGUCCACAAUCUUUUGUUGUCCGGUCGACAGAACCAAGCCAGACCCCGGAGUGACCAGUGAUUGUAGAUACAACGCCGAAAAACAAACCCCGGUGUUGGCAUCUUUGAAACGCUGGGAUUGGAACAUAGUCUCCGAUGGAAGACCAGUGUGAGGAUUUAUUCGAAGUUUACCAGAGCGCCCCCGACCCACUGGACUUGAGGAAUCUGCUCCAGUCACAGAACGUCAGCUGCGACGACCCUGACUACGAUAUCUCGCGGUCGGAGAGGCACGAUUUCACGGCGGGCGCCACGUUCAGAGUGGCCAGGACUAUGGUCGGGGUAGUUCUGGUCGCCAUUAUGUUGGUGUGCGGCGUGGGGAACUUGGCCUUCAUCGCCGCCUUGGUCCGCUACAAGAAACUCCGCAGCAUCACCAACCUUCUCAUCGCCAACCUGGCCGUCUCCGACCUGCUGGUGGCCGUCGUGUGUUGUCCGUUUGAGAUGGAUUACUACGUGGUGAGGCAGCUGUCGUGGGAGCACGGGCACACUCUGUGUGCCUCGGUCAACUAUCUCCGUACCGCCUCGCUAUAUGUGUCCACCAACGCGCUCCUCGUCAUCGCCAUCGACCGGUAUCUUGCGAUCGUCCACCCACUCAAGCCACGGAUGAACCGCCAGACAGCUUAUGUGUUGAUGGGCACGGUGUGGACCGGCUCCCUGCUGCUGGCCGUCCCGUCCGCUUACUUCACCGGCGAGGCUCUCAUCCCGCAUGCCGGCGCCCAGCACAAGGUGUUCUGCGGGCAGAUCUGGCCCAGCGAACAACAAGUGUCCUACAAGUCCUACUUCUUGUUUGUCUUCAUCCUGCAGUUCGUGAUGCCCUCGCUCACCAUGGGUCUGUGCUACGUCCAGAUCUCUAGGGAGCUCUGGUUCAAACGUGUACCGUGUAUCCAGACGGAGCAGAUCAGGAGAAGGUUGAGAUGCAGAAGGAAAACCGUCCUCAUGUUGGUGACCAUCCAGACUGUGUUUGUCUUGUGCUGGGCACCUUAUUAUGGGUUCACAAUGGUCCGGGAUUUCUACCCGUCCCUGCUGAUGAAGCAGAAACACUACAUCACCAUGUUCUACGCUGUCGAGUGCAUCGCCAUGAGCAACAGUAUGAUCAACACCGUGUUCUUUGUAACUGUGAAGAACAACACGGCGAGGUGUCUCAAGAAGAUGCUGCUCUUGAGGCUGAUGUCCACUCACGGCGGCAGCAGCAAGUCCCAGGAACACGAUGUGAGGACAACGGGACUGCCGCUGUCUGAGGAGAUGCAACUCAAAUAGGUCGCCGGACAUCGUGGGGUGGGGUGUGGGGGUGAGGUGGCAGUGAAACUGGU